GAGUCGACCCUGGCUUGAGCAGAGACUGGAUAUCGAACUGAUCACAGUGCUGGCAUAGGGCCAUGCUCGCAAUCUAGAGCGUAUUCACUCGUAAUUCUAGCGACCCUGUUGAGAAUACAAAGGAGGUAGAGAUGUGCUUCAUGGCUACCUAGCGUGAUGCUGCAGCUGACCAGAAGUGCAAUCAUAAAGUAAAAGGUACCCUUGUUCUAUUAAUGCAAUAAUCCAUGCCACCUCAUUGGGAGGCUUAGCGCCGACUGCCACCCUGCAUUUACCGACCCCAAUUGGCACGGCGUAUAUUCGGAACCGAAGGGUGAACGAUUGGUGGUGGGGUUACAUGGCUACAUGAGUAAGACUUAUAAAUAUCGAUUCGCUUUUCUCGGAACUCUAAGACGUUGUAAACCCAGAGCAUUGUUGCUUAAUAUGGAUGACCAUGAACACUCUAUUUUCAACAUACUAUAUGUCCUCAUUACCACCAUAAGCUUUACCAGAGCCGGCAUCAAUAUUGCUAGGGAAAUCUUGCUUGGCAUCGUAUUAGUGAGGGUACGAAUGCUGCCCAUUGGCACGACGGUUUACUUUAUUGUCUUUGGUACUCUAGCCCUCGUGCUUUGCGACGAAUUAAGCGUUUGUUUGAGGUGUCACGACAGUCGGGUCGACCCGUUCCGAGGCAGAAGAUUGUGGUUCUACCCAUUCCUAUAUCUUGCAGUUGACACCCUGGCUAUAGUCUUCAGCGUGUUUACUGUCACGAAGGACUAUGGGAGCAGUGACCUCGUAGUCUAUAGUGCAGUAUCGCUGGCAUUAUCCGUCCUAGAUGUUGGAAUAUCCCUAGGGUGCCGAUUCAUCUUCCCUAGUGAUAGUGGGGAGCGGAAUUUCAAUGAGAUAAUGAGCCCUAUUAUCUUGCAAAUAGCCGAUUUCGACAACGAAAAUGACGAGGACACUCCUAUCCUAUCACUUUGGAAGCGACAACAUGGAUGGACUUCCGACGUGACGGCAAUGAGGCCACCCGUCUAUCGCGCAAUCAAUACGGUCUGUUCUAAUCAUCACAGAAAUACACGCGACUGCACUUCUUUACCUGACACAUCUAACCUCAGUUAUGUAUUAUAUACUUCAAGGUUAUAUAUAGCUAAUAUUUCUUUGAGCCGGAAUUAGGGCAUUGCGGAAAGCAGUGAGGAGUCUUCAAAAAGCCGACCGUCUGCAACAGUUGAUCCUUUACACAUUUCAUCGGAAACUUUGCCAUGUUUGAAUGAUUCUCCGG